AUGAGUCUACUAUCAAAUUGUUUAUUUGUACGUCAAGUACUUUAUCGUACUGGUGCUUUUUCACCAUCAACAUUCGUGAAUGCAUCUCGUUUAUCAACAGUAUUUAGAUAUGCAUCUACUAAUUCAUCUGCACAAGAACAGAAACAAAAUGAAACAACACCAUCUUCAGCAGAUCAACCUAUAGAAAAUCAAACUCAAACAGAACAAAAAUCGAAUGUUGAUUUGAAACAACUUCAAGAACAAAAUGCGAAAUUAACUGAAGAUGCUAAUGAAUUUAAGGAUCGUUAUAGACGUGCAUUAGCUGAAACUGAAAAUACUCGAGUUCGUUUUAAUAAACUUGUUAAUGAUGCAAAAGUCUUUGGCAUUCAAGGAUUUUGUAAGGAUUUACUUGAAGUCGCUGAUAUACUUAAUCUAGCAUUAGCAAAUACACCACAACAACCAUCAACUGAUAUAACAGCAUUAACCAAAGAUUUUAAUAAUCUCCGUCAAGGUCUUGUAAUGACUGAAGAAAGAAUGCAAAAAAUAUUCGCUAAAAACGGUCUUGUACAAAUCAAACCAAAUGAAGGUGAUAAAUUUGAUCCAAACUUUCAUGAUGCACUAUUUCAAGCAAAAAUUCCAGAAAAAACAAGUGGAACAAUUAUGCAAGUUAUGAAAACCGGUUAUCGUCUACAAGAUCGUGUUAUACGUGCUGCACAAGUAGGUGUAGCGCAAUAA